CGAUUCUUUAAGAUGCUUUUAAACUACGCAAAAGCAGAUUUUUAUUUUUAUUUCCAGUUUCCUUUUGUUUUUCUUUCUUUUGUUCUUUUCUUUCUUCAGUUGUAUUUGUUAUCCUAAUUGUGCUUACUCUUCCUUGUUUGCGGUUUGCGCUUGUUCAUAGCUCUUCCUGCUUCUUCCUCGUUUCCACUAUCAUCUGCUUCUGCUUCUCUUCUUUAUCUCCUCCUCUUCACACCCUUCCUCCAUCCCUCGCUCCCUGUCCACCCCAAUGGCUUCUGCUGCCUCCCCUGCUGCAAUGCAGGCCCAUCCCUCCCCUUCCUCUUCCGACCCCGCCUCCUCUGCCCCUCCAUCGCCUUCCCGUCUGCAGACAUCCAACGGCGCUCCCUCUGACGCCUUCCCCGACGCGCCUGCCUCCUCCAACUUCAACGACGACGACUCCGACGACGACCGCCUAAACAACGACGACGACAACAACAUCACCGCCACCACCACAACCACCAACAACAACACCAUCAACCCCGAAGACACAGACGACGACCCCUCCGCGCCCGGCACCAACCCCGCGCCCGCGUCCUCGUCCACCGCCGGCCCUGAUGCCCUCGCGACGCCAAACCCUGCUCCUGCCUCCUCCGCCACGCCAUCCUCCUCCUUCUCCGGCAGCGGCCGCGCCUCCAUCGCCUUCACGCGCAACGGCCCCCGCCGCCGCCAGCCCCCGCACUAUCGUGAAAUCCGCUCGCGCGUGCAAUCCAUCAACGAGAAGUUCCUUCCCAUCCUGGGCGACGUCGCCCUCGCCAAAGCUGGCCAGCUCCGCAUCGAGGACCUCUCGACGCGCAUAAACGCAGUCUACUGCGAGCUCGCCCUGCUCCGUCGCUUCCUCGAUCUCGACACGCCGGCUGAUGACUCGGCCACCGCCGCCACCGCUGCCUCGUCGUCGUCCUCUGCUGCUGCUGGUGGCUCGGCGUCGACCCCUCAAUCCGCAUCCAAUGGCAACCCUUCUUCCGCCGCCCAGCCUCGUCCUUCGCUCGCCGAGGGUCAAUUCAAGACCCUUCGCAUGAAGAUGUCUGUCUCUGACGGUGACGAUUACGACGCCGAACACAACAGCAAACGCGUCAAGUACGACGACGACGGACCGGACGAGAGCACGCGUUUCACGUUCCAAUCCGUGAUUGAUUCGAACGCGCCCGUAUCUGGCUCGAGCCCAGUCCCCGCCAACCCGAACCUGCCGCUGACGGACGCCGACCUCAUAAUCCCGGUGGCGGCGACCUAUCGCGCGCUCCCGCACUCGUCGCGCACCUCGUACGAGACCGGCAUCGCGCUCUUGAACGAGAAGCGCCGCGAAAAGCUCUGGGCGGUGAUGCAGUCCGAGAUUUACACGUUCGCGGUCGGCUACAACAACAAGCUCCUGCGCACGACCGAGGACUUUUGCAUGCUCGCGUACUCGCAGGACGGCCGCAUGAAGCGCACGCUCAAGAACGAUCUUGCCAUCUCUGAAGCACUCUUUGACGGCGUCUCUGGAUUCCGGAAACGGCUGUACGAGACCACAGAGCCGCAGGUGGACGAGAACGGCACCAUCAUUGCCGAGUCGCAGCUCAAGGACUGCGGCAUCCGCACCUACACAAACAACCUCUACAGCUUCAAGACCAAGCCCGCAAACUACUACCACUACCUCUUCGCCGCCGCCUUCUGGCGCUGGGUGCGCGACGAAAUCGACUCAAAGACGAUCGUCACCUCCACCGCCGGCAGCGCCGCGGCCCUCGACGCGCCCCGCACCUACGCCGUCAACAGUAUCGAGGACUGGUGGCGCGAGUGCGUCGGCCUCUGCAAUGGAUUCGUCAAGUCUAAUCGCGGCAAGCCUGAAAUCAAGUCGUUCUUGAAAGACCGUCUGCUCGCGGACGAGAAGAAGUACCCCGGAAAUUGAGUUUCCUCCUUCUUACUCUUGUUUUAAUAGUACUUUUUCUUUUCUUUCUUUGAGAUUUACAAGUGUAGGACGGUCGGAUCGUGUAUUUUAGUGAUUGGGGCGGAGAGCACUGUGUGUGAAGAUAGAGCUGUUGCCGAGUGUACUGUUUAUUUUUCCUAUUUAUCUACUAUUUCGACUAGUACUGACUGCUAUUAUUACUAUUUACUACUCCUAUUUUACUCCUCAGUUUAUUGUACUUGUUAAUGUAACAUUCUUGUUUCGUUUUGGAACUUGUUGUAUUGAAAUGACUAUUACCGUCAAUCCUAUCGUUGUGCGUCUACUUAUUAGUAAAUCCACAAGCUGAAAUAUAAUAUGCAGACAUUAAUGAA